AUGCAUCGCACCUAUUCUAUGCGCCAGACGCGCGCCCCGACCGCCUCGCAGGUCGAGAACCCUCCCCCACCAAUGUCGACUACCAAGUCGAACCGUUGGCUCGGAAAGGGUGGCUUGGGCCAUGCUUUCCGUAAAAAUGCCGCCGGUGCUUUCGGCCCCGACCUUGCGCGCAAGCUGUCUCAGCUAGUCAAGAUGGAGAAGAACGCCAUGCGCAGCAUGGAGCUCGUCGCACGAGAGCGUAUGGAGGUCGCGCAACAACUCUCCCUCUGGGGUGAGGCCUGCGACGAGGACGUCUCGGAUGUCACGGAUAAGCUCGGUGUCCUGAUCUACGAGAUCGGUGAGCUGGAGGACAUGUUCGUCGACCGCUACGACCAGUACCGUGUCACCAUUAAGAGUAUCCGUAACAUCGAGGCCUCCGUGCAGCCCAGCCGAGACCGCAAGCAGAAGAUCACCGACGAGAUCGCCAAGCUCAAGUACAAGGACCCUAACUCCCCCCGCAUCGUCGUUUUGGAGCAGGAGCUUGUCCGUGCCGAAGCCGAGUCCCUGGUCGCCGAGGCCCAGCUGUCCAACAUCACCCGUGAGAAGGUCAAGGCCGCAUUCCAGUACCAGUUCGAUGCCCUCCGCGAGCACUGCGAGAAGGUCGCCAUCGUCGCCGGCUACGGAAAGCACCUCCUCGACCUGAUCGAUGAUACCCCCGUGACUCCCGGCGAGACCCGCCAGGCCUACGAUGGGUACGACGCUAGCAGGGCCAUCAUCCAGGACUGCGAGGAUGCCCUCGGCAACUGGGUCAACUCCAAGGCCGUUGUCAAGUCGAGUCUGUCCCAGCGCUCGCGUACCCUCUCUCAGCGCCACCGUAACAACAUCAAGAACCGUGAGGGUAUCGAUCUCUCCCAGCAGGAUGCCCCUAUGGCCGGAGACCGUGACUCCUGGUUGCCUGCCGACCAGCACCCCAACUACGAGGACGGCGAGGAUGGCGUCAGCACUUUGGAGGGUGAGGUUCGUGGCCGUGAGGAGGAGCGGGAGCCUAUCGCCGCUUAA